AGCUCCGUUAAUGGCUGACAAGACCCUCCUACUAGUCUUAUGGAUUCCAUUUCUUCUCUUGCUCCCUUUACUACUGCUUUUACUGAGAAAGCAGAUCAAUAAGCCACAAAAGCACUUCCCACCAAGCCCUCCUAAGCUUCCCAUUAUAGGCAACCUCCACCAGUUUACUCAAUCUGGUUCAUCACUUCAUCAAAACCUAUGGAGACUAUCACAAAAAUACGGACCACUCAUGCUCUUACACAUGGGUCGCAGACCGACCCUCAUAAUCUCAUCAGCUGAAGCAGCAAAACAGACCUUGAAAGAUAAUGAUCUCCACUGUUGCAGCAGACCGGCCUCCUCGGGAUCUCGCAGAAUCACAUUUAACUAUCUAGACAUAGGAUUUGCGCCUUACGAUGAAUAUUGGCGAGAGAUAAGAAAGAUAUGUGUGCUUGAGAUUUUCAGUGCCAAAAGGGUUCAGUCGUAUAGGUCUAUUAGAGAAGAAGAAGUCGUGAAGAUGAUUGAUUCAAUCUCUGACGCAUCAGCUUCAUCUUCUCCUGUUAACCUUACUGAGAAGUUGUUUGCUCUCAUGGGCAGUAUAAUUUUCAGGAUUGUUUUCGGGAUAAGUUUCCAAGGGAGCAAUUUGGAGCAUGAAAGAUUUCUUCGAGUGCUUCAUGAUAGUCGAGAUAUGGUUAUAGGCUUCUCAUCAUGCGCAGCUGAUUUCUUUCCUCCAUGUAUAGGGUGGAUCAUAGACAGGAUCUCCGGUAAACAUAGAGAGUUUGACAGAGUUUCCAGGGAAGUUCAUCGCUUUUUUCAGCAGGCGAUUGAUGAUCAUCUCAGGCCUGGGAGGACACAACAGGAGCAUGAAGAUAUAGUUGAUGUGCUGCUUAAAAUGGUCAAGAAGAAAACUGGAAUUGGAGCUGCUCAGCUUGGUCAUAAUAACAUCAAGGCAGUUCUCUUGGAUUUGUUUAUAGGAGGAGUAGAUUCCCCUGCAACUGCCGUGGUUUGGGCAAUGGCAGAGCUAGCUACGAAUACAAGAGUGAUGAAGAAAGCACAGGAAGAAAUUAGAAACUGUAUUGGAAAUAAAGGAAAAGCCACUGAAAUUGAUACAGAGCAGCUGCAGUACCUCAAGAUGAUAGUGAAAGAAACACUUCGACUACAUCCACCAGGUCCCCUACUUCUUCCAAGAGAAACCAUGUCCCACUUCAAAGUCCUUAGCUAUGAUGUUGACCCCAAAACAACAAUUCUCGUUAAUGAUUGGGCAAUCUCACGAGAUCCAGAAUUUUGGAACGACCCAGAAAAGUUCAUUCCGGAAAGAUUUGAUGAUAGUUCUGUUAAUUUUAAAGGGCAACACUUUGACUUCUUGCCGUUUGGAGCUGGUCGAAGAAUCUGUCCAGGGAUUUAUAUGGCAACGACGACAAUGGAGCUUGUACUUGCCGAAUUGUUGUGCUGCUUUGAUUGGAAAGUGCCUGAUGGAAUGAAUGAGGAAGAUAUGAAGAUGGAAGAAACAACCCAUGGGGCAGUUAUUUCCUUAAAAUAUCCUCUCAAUCUUGUCCCUAUGAGAUAUUCUUGUUAGGAAUUAUGAUCGUGAAAUAAACGUUUUCGAUCCACCCACAUCCUCUCCUACCACCCACGUCCAUGUCUUUUGCCUCCCUCCUUUCCAAAUGCCCCCUCACCCUCACCCAUAAUAAUUAGCCCCUUGUACACCCUCUGUGGUGGUUGCACACCCAAUGUGGUGUUCAUAUAUGGACGAUCUAAUUUCUAUUUGCUUGAUUUCUUGUCUUUUCCUUAUUGUUUAAGAAUAAAGAAUUCGAGAGAAAUUGAUGAGAGAA